GCCCUGAGAAGCCCAGGACCCAAAGAGGGAGAGAUCAUGACUGCAGAGACUCUAGCAAAUGUUGACUGGAAAUGGGACGAGAACACUGUCGCCCAUCACACCGACCGGUACAAUACCAAAGAGCUGGUGGUGCGGCGGGGGCAGCCCUUUGUGCUCACUCUGACCUUCAGUAGGACCAAGCCGUUAGGGAACAACCUCACACUGAUCGCAGAAACAGAUGCAAACCCUGAUCUUCAAGCAAAGACACGCAUGGCCUUUGCUGUGUCCAACACACUAAGCAGCAGCUCAUGGAGUGCAGUCCAGACAUCUACCGAUGCCAGAUCAGUGAGUGUCUCCAUUUCGAGUCCACCAAAUGCCAUCGUUGGACGCUACAAACUCAGCAUGACGACUAGCUCUGGGAGCAGCAGACCCGACAGGAGUCUGGGCACUGUGGUGCUGCUUUUCAAUCCUUGGCUGGCAGAAGAUGAUGUGUUCAUGCCAAAUGAUGCUGAGCGUGAGGAGUAUGUCCUUUCUGAGUUUGGUCUGGUCUUUUCGGGCAGUGCAGAUCAUAUCUCUAACUUUGGAUGGGACUACGGACAGUUUCAAGAGGACAUUCUGAAUAUCUGCCUUACUAUGCUGGACCGGAGCAGAAGCUGCAAGCAGGACCCCCAGGGUGAUCUGGCUCGCCGAAAUGACCCCAAGCAUGUUAGCCGGGUGUUGAGUGCCAUGGUCAACAGCAAUGAUGACAGUGGAGUGCUGAAGGGGAACUGGAGUGGCAAGUACAGAGGGGGACAAAAUCCAAGCAGCUGGACGGGGAGUGUGGACCUCUUGCGGAAGUGGAAGGCUUCCGAGUUUCGAGCGGUGAAGUUUGGGCAGUGCUGGGUCUUUGCUGGAGUGCUGACCACUGUCCUCCGAUGUAUGGGAGUGCCCACACGCAUGAUUUCAAACUUUAACUCUGCCCAUGAUGAAGACAGGACUCUAACUGUGGAUGAGUACUACGAUCCCUCUGGAAACUAUCUGACAAUGGGAAUAGAUAGUAUCUGGAACUACCAUGUGUGGAACGAAAGCUGGUUUGUUCGACCUGACCUUGGCUCUGCAUAUGAUGGGUGGCAAAUUUUGGACGCAACUCCACAGGAGAGAAGUACAGGCAUAUUCCAAUGUGGUCCGGCUUCUGUGAGGGCCAUCAAAGAAGGAGAUGUGGAUCUGAACUAUGAUAGCCCUUUUGUUUUCGCUGAGGUCAAUGCGGACCGAAUCACUUGGACAUACAACCCGUCCACAAGAGAAUCCAAGAGACUUUACACGGAGACCAAGUCAGUCGGCCAGUUCAUAAGCACAAAGGCUGUGGGCAGCCAUACCCGUAUGGACAUCACCAACAAUUAUAAAUACGCAGAAGGCUCUGAUAAAGAAAGGGCUGUGUUUGAAAAAGCUCGUUCAACUCUGAAUCUGAAUACAAUGAGGGCCACAGCAGUAAAGAUGGUCCGAACACCAAAGCCCCACGUUUCAGGAAAAUUCAAGGUGCAGCGCACCCCUGAGGUAGGCAAAGAUGUCCACUUAGCCUUGAAGCUCACCAACCUUGCUUCAGAGCCGAAGACUCUGGAGGCACACAUGACAGCGUGGACCAUAGUCUACAUGGGGAAGCCAAUCCAUGAGGUCUGGAAGAAUGAGCAGUCCGUGACACUGGGCCCCAAAGAAGAGAAAACCUUACCUAUAAAGAUAUCAUAUGAAGAGUACCAGCAGUAUCUAACGACAGACAACAUGAUUCACACCACAGCCUUAUGUCAAGUGGAGAAGGAGGGUGACAUUCUGGUGGAUCGUGUCAUCACCCUAGAGAACCCCAGCCUCACCAUCAAGGUACUGGGCAGAGCAAAAGUGAACGAGGAGGCGAGAGUGGAGGUGGUGUUCACUAACCCUCUCGAUCAGGAAGUCAAGGACUGUGUGCUGCUGGCAGAGGGCAGCGACUUGCUGGUGGACAAGAUCAAGCUAGAUGCACCACCCGUGGAGGCUAAACGACACACAAUCAUCCAUUUUGCACUGACCCCCAGGAAGUAUGGGACCAAGCAGCUGCUCAUCAAUUUCUCCUGUGACAGAUUUCAAGACAUCAAAGCCUUUCAGACGGUGGAUGUGGCCAAGUGAUUCUGGAGUACACAGUGGCCAGGCAGCAGGGGAGGAGAAAGCCACAGCCACAGUGCCCAAAGUGUGAACGGCCAGCCUGUGAGCAUGUGGGUUUGAGUGGCAACCUUGUAAUAAUACAAAUGGUCUUCUUUUAUCCUCA